AUGAGCAGCGGCAGCGGCGGCAAGAAGAACCGAAUACGCACAGGGCGCGAGCCUUCAUCGCGCUUCAACGGCGACGUGACUGCUGGCACCUUGGCUGCGAUGAUUGGCAUCUCGGACUCAGCCGACAGAGAGCUGGUGGAGGAACGAGAGCUGCUCCGAGCCCUGGAGCAGUCGGACGAAGAAGGAGAAGAAGAAGGCGCGCACAAACGGACGAUAUUCCCAAAUCUUGCCGGCGUCAACGCUUUCGAGAAGUCGCUUGAGGAAUUGAUGGUCCUGCAAGAAGGAGUCGUCGAUCUUGAUGUUCCCCUUGUGCUCGUAGUGCUCGUUCAAGCCAUCCUGGAGCUGGGCGGCCCUGAGAGGGAAGGCCUGUUCCGAGUUUCUGGCACCAAGAGCCAAAUGGACGAAGUCAAGGCCGCCCUCAUGCAGGGCGACUACAACAUUCCCACCACAAGUCCACACAACGUGGCCGGCCUGCUGAAGGAGUGGCUACAGUCUCUUCCCUCUCCACUUAUCCCUACCGAGCUUUACCAACUGUGCAUGGAGGCCUCCACCCCGGCCGAUUGCAUGCGCGUAGUGGAUGAGAUGCCGCCGCUCAAUAGGAGGGUCCUGUUGUACGUGAUGGAGUUCAUUGUGCGCACAGUACUCACGCCGGAGGUACAGAAGAUCACCCGAAUGGACGUGAAAGGGGUUGGCAUGGUCUUUGCUGGAUGUGUAAUGGCGUCGCCUUCCACGACGGACAUGGCAACCAUGAUGAAGGAGAUAACAGGGCAGAUCAGAUUUGUGUCCAACCUGCUGAUCGCCAUCAACCCGGAUCUUGCAGCCCCACACACCAUCAGUGUUGCCAAGGCCUUGGAGGAGCAGCAGCCUUUAUCUUCUUCCCCAACAUCUUCUCUCAAUCUCACCAAAUCCAAGAUCACCUCUCGGGUACAGCUGAACAUCCUCAAGAAGGUAAAGAAGGCGGCCACAGCACCACCAGCAGAAAAGAGGGAAUGA